AUGAAAGUUUCUGGCAAUCCUACCAUGAGCUCUCUCUUCCGCCUCCACACUCCUCCGUCAAACCCACCACUCUCCCACACAUCUCCGCACCCCCUCCGCCUCUCUUGCUCCUUCAAACCCACAAAACCCCCCAAACCACCUUCUCUAUCCGCCUUAACACCGCCGCCUGCCAGAGACAGAGUUAUCGACUUCAGAAAAUACAAGGGCAAGAUGAUGGGCACCCUCCCUUCAGCCUACCUUAAGUGGGUCUCCAAAAAUCUCCGCGCUCGCAACUUUGAAGGCUGGGUGAAGCUCGCCGACCAAGUCCUUGACGACGUCGUUUACCGGGACUUGAUUGAGUGGGAGCUGGCAGAGAACGUCCUGAACGGAAAUCAGAGGAAAACAGACCCAGCCUCUGACAUCGUUUCGUCCACCGAGCUAUGGCGGCUCCAAACCCAUCAAGAACCCUAA